AUGGUUUCCACAAAUGAAGACAAAGGUGGUGAUGAGAAUAAGGAGGAGGAGGAGAUGAUGCUGCCUCCAUGCUUCCUGGCUCCUCAUUCCCUGGUUCCCUCCUUCCCAAGCAAGCAAGGGGUAGCAAGCGCGAGAAGGAGGAAGAGGAGCAAGAAACAUGAAAAAGUAAGCAUUUUGUCGACCUUCAUCGCACCCUUCAAGUAUUUAAGUCCCGGUGCAACAAAUAUGGAAGACGAAGACAAUUUAAGUACAAGCAGUGCAGAAGUCAAGGAGAACCGUAACACUGGCAACCUAGAAGAUCACCCCAUUCCCUCUAAUGAGCGAUCAAGAGUGGGAACUUCCAGCAUCAAAAGGAAGAGGCCUCUGGAGGAGGGCAACAAUGGACGUUUCUGCAAACUUCAGCUCAUAUGGAAGAAGGUCUCAUGGUCAGUAACACCAAAGAAUGCUCUGGUUCAACUACAUGAACUUAAGCCGGGUUUACAAUACAAAAUGGUGUCCCAGACAGGCCCUGUCCAUGCUCCAGUCUUUGCAGUUGCUGUGGAAGUUAACGGGCUUACAUUUGAAGGCACUGGACCCACAAAAAAGAAGGCUAAAAUGAGGGCCGCAGAACUAGCCCUCAAGUCUUUUGUCCAGUUCCCCAAUGCAUGUCAAGCUCACUUUGCCAUGGGGAAUUGUUUCAAUCCUUCCACAGACUUUACAUCGGACCAGGCGGACUUUCCAGACACUCUGUUCAAGGAGUUUGAACCAUCUACGCACAGUAAGGACUUCUCCGUCUAUAAGCCGGUGAAUAACGAACUGCUUUCGACAGCUUACCGGCAUGGGAGGUUACUUUGCCACACACUGGACUUCGUGGGCCACCCUAAACAAAACAAGCACAAGAUGGCGUCUGCCGCUGAGGGCGAAAAGAACCCAGUCGUGUUGCUCAAUGAAUUGCGGUCAGGACUGAGGUACGUCUGCCUUUCGGAGACUGUGGAGAAGCAGCAUAUCAAGAGUUUUGUGAUGGCUGUGAGAGUGGAUGGGAGAACCUUUGAAGGCUCGGGACGUAACAAGAAGCUGGCUAAAGGUCAAGCAGCACAGGCUGCACUUCAGGCCCUCUUUAACAUUCGGCUGCCCAGUUACAUUCCCAGCAGGAGUAAAUGUAAUCAUUUGCCACAGGAAUUUGCCGAUUCCGUGUAUCAAAUAAUUACACAGAAGUUUCAAGAAGUGACAGAUAACUUUGCUGCCAUCUAUGCCCGGCACAAAUCCCUUGCAGGAAUUGUAAUGACCAGAGGUUUGGACAUUCGGCAAGCUCAGGUUAUUGUGCUGUCAUCGGGUACCAAAUGCAUAAAUGGAGAAUACCUUAAUGACCAAGGACUGGUGGUCAAUGACUGCCAUGCAGAAAUUCUGGCAAGGAGGGCCUUCGUUCACUUCCUGUACUCACAGCUGGAGCUGCACCUCAGCAAACGACGAGAAGACGGUGAGCGAUCAAUCUUCAUGCGGUUAAAAGAGGGAGGAUACAAGCUGAAAGAGAACAUUCUGUUUCAUCUGUACGUAAGCACUUCACCCUGUGGAGAUGCACGCCUCAACUCCCCCUACGAAAUCACCACUGACUUGAACAGCAUUAAGCACAUAGUAAGAAAGUACCGCGGGCAUCUUCGAGCAAAGAUCGAAUCUGGAGAAGGAACCAUCCCAGCUCGAUGUCCCAGUGCCGUACAGACGUGGGAUGGUGUGUUACUGGGGGAGCAACUGGUCACAAUGUCUUGCACAGACAAAAUUGCCAGGUGGAAUGUCCUUGGACUGCAAGGUGCUCUCCUGAGCUACUUCAUUGAGCCUGUGUAUUUGCACAGCAUUAUUGUGGGAAGCCUCUCCCACACUGGGCACCUUUCACGAGUCAUGAGCCAUAGACUGGAAGAUGUUGGUCCGCUGCCAUCCUCGUACCGGCGCAACCAGCUGCUUCUGAGCGGAGUGAGUAAUGCUGAAAUGAGGCAGGCGGGGAAAUCGCCUGGCUUCGGUGUGAAUUGGAUAGCGAGUGCUGCAGACCUGGAGCUUAUUAAUGCCACAACAGGAAAAAGAAACUGCGGGAGUUCUUCACGACUCUGCAAACACAUGUUUUACACUCGAUGGGCAAAGCUUUAUGGAAAGCUGAGCGCACGGAUACCAAGCCAUGGAGAUGUGCCAGCCAUGUACAGUGAAGCCAAAUCAGUGGCACACACGUACCAGUCUGUCAAGCAGCAGCUGUUUAAAGCAUUUCAGAAAGCAGGCCUGGGCACCUGGGUGAGGAAGCCCCCCGAGCAAGAUCAGUUCUUACUAACGGUGUGA